GAUGCAAGCCCGAAAUUUCCGGGUCGGGAUGAAAAUGAUCACCCCUAAAAUGUCCAGCCCCAUGAAGCCAAAAAAAGGAAAAGGAAAAGGAAAAAAAAUCUGAAAAUCCGUGCCGAGUGAAAGAAGAAACAUUUUCCCUUCCACUGCUGUAUUGGUUUCUCCACUCUCAAGUGAUCAUUUUGUUUUCUAUCCCUUCACUCCCUGUUCGACAUCACCAGAAACUGACUUCAUGCUCUGUAUUUCCUAUAUUGCAUUCAGGUGCUUCCAUAUGAUAGCAGAUUAAUAAAAUGAGGUGGAUAAAAGAUCUUUAUUGCAUUAGCAAAUAUUGUAAAUCAGCUGGAAAGAUUUCUGAAUUGGAUGCAUCAAUGCAUCAUGCAGCAAAUAAGUGUAAACAUGGCAUUUCUAAUGCCAAAAUGAUUGUAGACAACAUAUGCUUGCAACCUCGGAGAGGAUAUUGUUCUCAAACAUUGUUGCAGCAGAUUAUCUUGGGAACUGAAGCAGCAAGCCUUCAUGGUAGAUUGGUCAUGGGAAAUAAUGCAUUAGGGAGAUUCCAACAAUCCUUUUCCUGCAAAGGAAGUUUAAUUAGUGCAAAACACACUCCCUUGACAAUAUCUCGUUGGUUUGGAUCAACAGUACAAAAUGAUCCUUGCAUAAGUAGAGAUUUUCUAGUUCAGCUUUGGGUUGCAGACAAGAAAAUAAAAAGUUCUAGACACAAAAGAAGAAGAAGAGUUCAGCAUGUACAUAUUGGUGGCACAAUAUACGAAAAUCAAUCUUCUUUUCAACUGCCAUUUGGGAGGUGGUUUUCAGGUGCAUCUGUUACAGAAGAAAGAUCUAGUGAGCGGGCGAAACCAAUCCUUAAGCAACCACCCCUUAGUGAGGCUCCCACAGGUUAUUUGGAACCAACAUCUUCUGAAGAGGUCAAGGUUGCACCUCUUCUUGCAAGGUCUAAUUUGCUUAUAACUAGAAGUAUAGAGUGGGCAAAUCUUAUGCUUGGUUUUGAGCAGGAGAACCAGUAUGCAGUAGUAGAUCCAUGCUAUCCUCAGACACCUGCGGGUUUUAUACGUGAGCAGAGUAAUAUCAUUGCUAGACAGGUGCUUCGCACAAGGCGUCCUUUCCUUGCUUAUAUCACUGAUGCCAUGGGUAAUGAACUCUUUAGGGUUCACAGGCCAUUUUGGUGGAUAACCAGCACAAUUUAUGCGGAGAUAAAUGGCAAGGAAAUUGGUGUUGUUCACAGGCGAUGGCAUCUUUGGAAAAGAGUGUAUGAUUUGUAUUUAGGGAAAAAACAGUUUGCAGUGGUUGAAAAUCCUGGGUUUUGGAACUGGACAUUUACUUUAAAAGAUAUCAAUGGGGAUGUGCUAGCUGAGAUUGAUCGUAAUUGGAGGGGUUUCGGCUUUGAGCUCUUCACUGAUGCCGGUCAAUAUGUGAUCCGAUUUGGACAUGCUGAUUCCACCCCUAGGACGGGCCCUGCUGAAAUGAUUCCAGACUUGGAAGUCGUUCGCCCAUUGACUCUAUCAGAGAGAGCUGUUGCCCUUGCUCUUGCAGUAUCACUGGAUAAUGAUUAUUUCUCAAGGCAUGGAGGCUGGGGAAUCCCUUUCAUUGCUGUCGAAGAGUAGGAUUCUGGGACAGGCCUCUUCUGGAAGACAUCCCUUUUACUAAUAGGUGAUUUUUAUUAUUUGUGCGGUUGUAUCAGGAAUCUACCAUUGCUUUGCAACUUGUGAUUUCCUUGAUGAUAUAGCAAUCUUCUUUUCUUCAAUUUAGAGACAUACUCGUAUGUUGUAACUGCCAUUGUAAAUGCAUUGUAUCAGCCAUUUCCAGACUAACACUAGUGUUUUUUCUCUGAUUUUUGGUUUAA